AUGUUAGGCCACUUUGCGGCACUUCGUGCAAUUGGGUUUCGAUCAAGAUUUUACCAAACUACGGCCUCCAGAAGCAAAUCUGUACCAAGAUCACUUUUGCAGCGACAAGCUAAAAGAAGAGGAGAUAUAGAUUCCACUGCAUCAUCACAGCUCAUAGUGACGUCUUUCAAGGACAUUUUCUCAUUUUUCAAUCCCUCGGGUCUCUCGCAAGAAGAUGAUGACACGGAACUGGCCCAAAACAAAGAAGCGAUCAUUGAUAAAAUAGAACAUGGCGAACUGCGAAACUUGUAUCUGCAAAGAUUUGCUGCGGUCCCAAUGACAGCAAAAACUGACUGCGAGGACUCUGUUGGUGAUCUAAAAAUUCCCACACAAAGCAUGCUACAGGUUUUCCCUCAGCUGUCACAGCAAGACAGAGAAUUGAUCGAGGUUUCGCUAAGUAUGAUUCCCGUCUCGAUGGACUGGAAAGAAAUCUCACUAGUACAAAAGCAAAUGUUAUUUUAUAUGGGUUAUGGAUCGUACGGUCCUAGAAACGACGUUACUUUCGUGGGGCCCAAACCUGAGGAUUUUACCUGGCAAGGCCCUGCUAAAGUUGGCGAGCCGAACCAGAGGACCCACAGACUACCGAAAUCACAGAUUACACACGUCUGGACCUGUACGCCGUCCAGGAGAACGUUUUUCGAUGGUAUGACUAAACGUUUGGACCCAGGUACAUUGUCGGUAGCAUUCAUUGGACUCAUUGUGGCGGUAUGUGCAACUUUGAAAGAAUAUCUGCAACGUCAGGACGACAACGCUGUUGCAGAAGUGGCUCAAUUUGAAGAGGUAGAAACUUCGAACGCUUGA